CUCUCUCCACCUCCACCCACUCCACAGUCAUGAUCCCUGCUGCUCCUUCCACUUGACUCGGCGUCGCUCUCUGUGACUUCUAUGGCAUUUUCCAGAGACCCGGAGGAGGCUCGGGAGUGCCCGGUGUGCUACGAGGGAUUAUCCGGCGCCGAGCGGACUCUGAGCUGCGGACACGUCUUCUGCCACGACUGCCUGGUCAAAACUCUGGUCAACAACGAUGGCCACAUCAGGGACACGAUCAUCUGCCCCGUCUGUCGACACCUCACCUUCAUCACUAAGCAGAAGGAAGCGCUGGUGUCGCUGGCAGCGGAGAAGAGCACGGGUGACGGACAGACGCUGGAGGUUCCGCUCCCUCCGCCGCCGAGCCAGCAGGUCCCUUCCUCCGAUGCGUCCAGCUUGGCGACCCGCUGCUUAAGGGGGGUGUCCGAGCGCAUCCGACGGCAGAGGUUAAUCAGCCCGAGCCACAAAGCAUCUCAGAUCUUCAUCAUCAGCUCCCAGGGGAGACCCAUGGCUGAAGAUGAUGCUCUCAGCGCGGUGGAGACUGUGGUGCAGCCUCCACGCAGGAGAAGACGCAGGUUGUGCACAACGGCUCGGUGUCUUCUAGUUUUACUGUCGACUUUCACCAUUCUCGCACUGGUGGCUGCAACUCUACCCUGGAUUUUGCUGGCGUAGCCUCCAUCUUCCAUCUGCCUUGCCAAAGAACAAUUUUUUAGGAGCAUUAUCAUUGUGACAUUAUUUGAUGGUUUUGAUUUUGUUUCCACACUUGCCUCCACAGAUUUCCCUGGUCAUCACGUGAGCAAAGAGCAAACAUUGAAUUUUGUCUCCUAGCAACUGUCCCUAUAAGGUUAGAAAAGCCAGGGCGACCUCUCUUUUGUUUGGCAUUCCUGAAUGUGUCAUGUCAUAAGUGUUUGAAAAUACUUGUCAUAGUUUGGAAUCCAGAUUAUUAUUUGUUUUGUAACACAGGAACGACUUUUUGAGCCUCAGAAACGCAAUAAAUGCGCUGUUCAUUGUUGUGCAGCGGUGU